CUGGGACUGGCUAGGGUUUGGUUUUGGCCGUGGUUUGACUGUCAACGUGUGAAAAUAUCGUGAAAAUCUGAAGAAUAAUCGUGAAUAUAAACAAAAUUCAAUGACGGAUAGGCGAAAACCCGUUUUUGUGUUCUUUUUUUUAUGUUUUAAAUGUAUUCGAAGGUGAACAAGUAUCGUUCUCUUCCUCCUUUUGUCGAGGGUAAAAUACACGGAUACAUAAACCUUAUCGUUGACGAAGUCAUUUGGGCUACUAAUAAUCCAGGUGAUGUGACGGUAAUCGCUUCUUGGUGGGGUGAGAAAACUGGAGCUCAAUUCAGACCGUUGGAAAAUACAGAAGUCUUAAAAAAGCUAGAGGAUACAGAAAAAACGUAUACGAUAAAAACCAAUUUUCAACUCUUUGAAGAUUAUAUCAAAAACUGUGGAUCCCUCGAACUCACAAUCAAAGCUGAGAAAAAAAACAAAGUUAUAGGAACAGCUCACGUAAUUGACCUGCUCGAUAUUUUUAAGUCAAAGCCUUUUACACGCUAUUUUCCGAUUGUAGAUGAAAGUGAAAAAAGUAUAGGUAGCAUACACGUUUCAAUAGAGGUGACAGACGCGACUAGCAUUGAGAAAAUGACAGUCAAAGCGCAAACCAAUCAAAAGAGCGAAGUCGACGAGGAGCUAUUCGUUGAUAAAAAGAGUUUCAAUACACAUGCUGGUAAUCUUAUGAAUUCUAAAGUCGAUUUUCUCUUUCCUGCAAGAAAUACGAAACAAGAGGAGCAUAUGUACAGAUCUAUUUUAAAAGAUAAGAGAAUAGAAUUCGUAGAGCCAAUUAAGAAAUUUAAUUUUGAGGUUCCAGAGAGACUUCAGGAUCAAGCUAAUAUAAAAGCGAGAAAAUUGAAAAGUGCUUUAUUGAAGGAAGCUUUAGAGGAUGAAUCUUUUGUAUACGACGCUGAAAAAUUUUUAUACGAAAACUUCCAUCCUGAUGUUUGUCCAGAGAAAGAAGCCAAGUUGUAUGAAUAUUUUUUAGGGAAAGAAAUGAAUUUUGUUGACGAAUGUACAGCUUUAGAAACUUUAAGGUCAACAUCUCCUACUCGAAGUUUGAUAGAGUUUGCUACAGAGUCGAUGCAUUGUCGUCAACCUGAUAAUCCAUCGGUUUCCGAAAUAAAUAAAACUAAUUUUUUGAAAGAUGACGUGAAAGGCGAAGUCGACGAGAUAAAGGUUUACAAUGAGAAUCCCGUUACUGAGUUUAAAACCAGAGUAAUAUCGCCGCUAGAUUACGUGGAUAGCUUGCAAGUAAUUGUCCGAUCAUUAUAUUUGACUCCAGCUGGCUACAGAAGAGUAAAAUCAUCUUGUCUUUCCCGAGAAGAUGUCGCUUCUAAUUCCGUAACUUAUUUUGUGCAUUACGAUUCAAUAAACGAAAGCUCGAAUCAAUUAAAGAAAAAAUGUAUCAUGGAAAAAAAGCCUGUGAAGAUGUCUUCCAGAAAAGAAAUCGAUCAAGAGAUUCACUUCAAUCACCAGGGAGUAUACAAUAUCUCAAAAUCGUACACCUAUAUGGAUAACCCUGUAAAAUUUAGAGUCUUUCACAGACACUUGAAUCAGAGGUCGCCAACUUUAUUAGGGAUUGGUUCGUUGUAUGUGAAUGAUGUGGUUGCAACUAAACACUUAACGAUGUCACAACGGGUUGCUGUCGUUAAUAAAGGGAUUAAAGUAGGUGAGCUGGAAGUCACAGUCGAAUUGGGUUGCGAUGGUAUUCACUUUGGAAAGGAUUUCGUCGAUGCUGUAAUGUCUGCUAAAGAAAACAUCCCCGUGCUUGAAUCUCUAUCAUCACUCAACACAAGAGCAGAAAAGUUUAAGACUGCAACUGGAACCCAAUCAAACUCAAACAGUGGAGCUUCUUCCGUCUCCUCCAGACGAGUUGAUUGCAUUAGUGCUGGGAGUAACGCUGGUACUAACGACAGAAGAGCUUUAACUGGACGGAUAAAAUAUAGUGGAGAAGACAGAAACGCAGAGAUCUUGACUUCAUAUAAUAAAACCGAGGGGAAGGUUCUUUUACACGGUUUGAUUUACAUAGCUGAAGGCAGGGACUUGCCUGAAUCGAACACUUACUUAAUUUGUCGAGCCUUUUGGCGAGAAGACAGAGCUGCAAGUCGAAUUUGCACUAGAACAAAAAAUCCUUUGUACAAUUUUCAUCAACUUGUUCCUCUGAUUCACGGUCCCGACUUGCUUGAAAGAACGAAAGACAAUUUCAUCGUGACAGAGGUGUACAGUAGAAAUCCGACUGGAGAAGAGGAUCUGUUAGGAAUUGCAAAAUUCCCCGUACAUCAACUUUACGUUGCCUAUAGAGAUCCUCAUGUCUUGCCUCAUUUAUUACUAUCAAAAUAUCCAGUAAUCAGCGUAGAUGGUUGGGUUCCGAUCAAAGAUCCCGUUUCUGGCCAAUUGCAAGGGCAAUUACAAGGAUUAGUAGCUCUGGGCACUGCCGAUCAGAUUGCCCUCUUAGAAAUGACACGCGGCAUUCGUGAUACAGUCGUUACACCUCGGGCGCCUCUAAUCUCUGCAAAAAAUGCCCAGCAAACUCUACAAAGUAUCCCUGACCAUCCUCUUCAAAGUGCAUCGUCAGCGAAUCAAAGAAGCGCCGAAGCUGAAGUCCAAGCAACGCAAAACGUUUCUUUGAGAAACGAAGAAUGCCAAACGGAAAUGUGUACUCUUGAAGCAUUUAAGGAUUCAGAUCCUACCAUUACAGAAACAAGUGAUGUUUUGAAAAAUCAGAGCAAGGUUUUGCACACGAUUGUUGACUGUCUCGCCCAAGCCUUACACGUUUCGAGAACGAAUAUCAAUCAAGCUUCUCAAACCGAUAGAACCAGUUGUGAAGAAGUACAAACUCGAAGUAAUGAAAUUGAACCCCUUUGCUUAGAUCCAUUGUCGAAUAGUUUGUCAGAUAAUAGCAGUAAUGGCAGUCCUAGAAACAAUUUUACUAUUCCUACAGGAAUGUACAGAAGUGUUGGAGUCGGUGCUGAAUUUGAUGAUGCUUCUAAUCAGGGGUCAAGUAAUGAUUACAAUGGAUUUGUUAAUGUAUCUUCUGGCACUCUGAAUCCUUUGAUUGAUGAACAGAUGGAAACUGAUAGAUUACAUUAUGAGGAUUUGUCUUUUCGAGCGGUUGUAGAAAUAGAAUGCGCUUUGCAUUUACCGAAGGUGGAGAAAAUUAAUGCAGCUGUGGAUCCGAGUACUUAUGUUACGUUCCAAGGAGCGCCGAAUGGAAGCGUUGGGCAGCCUAAUUCUUAUAUUAUUACAAAUAUCUGCUCUCGGACUUGUAAUCCUAAGUGGGACUGGCGAUGCGAUACGAAAUUGCCAGCGGACCUUUUGACUAAUGAUGAGAAGAGAUUAAUUCUGAAAGUUUGGCGACUAUAUGAGCCUGAUAUUUGCACUGAACUUGAUAUGGAUAGAGAUAUAGUCAUUGGAUUUGCGGCGAUUGAUCUCUCAGUUUUGACCGCUGGAUUUCCGCUGGUGUCUGGAUGGUUCCAUAUCAUAGAUUUUACCGGAAAAUGCAACGGACAGAUUAAGGUUAGCAUAACGCCAUUGGGAAGCACAUCUGCUUUCGGAAAAUCUAUCUUUUUCACUAGUAUAAACAAAAUACCGUCCGAACCUUGCCAGUCUCAUCAAUCUAAUCAGUCCAAUCAAUCUUCACCUCUUCCAAAAACCAUGCGUUUUAACAAUACUGACUUAAACAACCUCGCAAACAACGCUGCAAGUUCUGCUAAUCAAAAUCUCGAGGAUUUCAACUACCAAUCUGUCGACGAACCUAUGCCUGAUACUGGACUUGGAUUAGGUGACGCAUCUCUCUCGAUUCUCUCUCAGUCGCUCAAACAGAAACUCACAGAGCUCAAUGAAAUUACAGAAAGACUUCAAUCUCGAUUGCACGAUGUAACUGAAAAUGCUUUUGAAGACGAGUUUGAUAACUUUUUUGAACUCAACGAACAACCCACCGAAAACGAAUGUAGUGGAGUUCAAAGAGCGAAUAGCAAAUCUCCUGAGUCUGUUGAUACAGCUAUAAACAAGAGACAAAAUUGCCCACCUCUCACAAACAAUAAACGUUCCUCUGAAAUAAAUUCAACAUUUCAUCGAGAUGAAAAACCCUCUUCUUCCAAAGAUUUUAACAACCAUUGCUCCACUUCAAGUGCAACUAACACAAUAACAAUGGACACAACUUUUUCUGACACGGGAUAUUCAACGAGCUACAAUGCUCGUUCUGCCCAACAUUUUUUAAACGAUCGUUCUAACACUGACAGCGUCCAUUCCUCCGACCGAGAAGAGGAUAAUCCCAUAAAAGGAACAAAAAUGCACGUAAAUCAUCUCCUGGAUAAGCUUUCCUCACAAUUAAACACACCACCAGCUGCACUCGGAAUGCUUCCAACAAAGAUUAACAUAAUGGAAUUUCUGAGCAAUUUACAGCCCAGUAACAACAACAACAACAGAAACUAUUUUCAAAGUGAUAGGAAUCGAGAACAAAUUAAUAGAACGAGUCAAGAUGAAAUAAAUAGAAGAAGUCAGGAAAUAUUGAACAGAAGGGGUCAAGAUCAAAGUUCUCUCGUGACUGAGUCGAACAUAGAAGAGAUGAGACAUUCCCAGGAUGAAAAUUCGACCUGUUCUAUCCCGAAUUCUGCCCAAAGUCUUGCUGAUCAUUUCAGAUCAGAGUCAGCAGUGAGCAGUACUACUCACAAUAGAAAUAAAAUAUCGAACGUGAUCAGGGAAGAAAUGGCAGCAGAGGAAGAAAACGAUUCAGCCGAGUUCGAUGAACUCUCGACUCAUUUGAUGGCAGCAAAUUUUCGCCACGCUGACGUGGAUAAUGUUUUUAAUCCACUUUUGUAUCAGCAUUUACUUCCUGAUGUGCAGCUCAGUCCCAAUUCUUACAGCUGCUCGGUUUCUCAAGACGUGCAAAAUAGAAACGCAACUCCAGAAGGAGAGGCUGUUCAGCAGCUGGACAAUAGAUAUACAGAAAACUUCAAUGCGGCAAUCAAUAGUGGAUUAAGUAGAUUAAGAAACCUGAUCGAGAACAAUGCCUUGGCCAAUAGCGACAAUAACAGACCAAAUCAAAGGAGUUUGUUUGAGAACGAUAGCUCGGGGGUUUUCCGAUCGACGCCCGUUGGUGUUUCCGAGGAUGUAGAUGGAAAUAUUGAUGUUACUGUGAUCCACAGGCCUAGUAUUGACGACCUCAUGGCGAGCAAUAGCUCGAAAUCAGUCACCUCUCUUUCAAUGGAUAAGUUGACGGAGAGACAACCGGAGACAGAUGAAGAAAAUACCUUGAUGAGUUCCGAAUCCUCGGCUUCAACCAUUUCGAGACAAGCUCCUGAUGGUGGGAAUCCAGUUGAGGAAGCGGACAAGAGGGCGAGUAGAAAACGCGAUUCUCGAAUAUCCGGCUCCGAGAGUUAAAGAUUCCGAGAAACUUUAAUACUUUUGUAAAUUUUGUAUUUAUUUAUCUAGUAAGUUUUAGGAAAUUGGAUUCGUGGAAGAUAGAAAUGAGUUAAUAGAAAAUAUUCUUAAUCGUUUGAGUUUUUAAGUUUAGAUUCUUGCAUCAAUCUUAAAAAAGAUGUUUAAACGGUUUCGAGUUAAGGUAAUUUACCUCUCUUUUCUUUUUUUUUCAAUGUUAUACCUGUUGUAUUUUGGAUUUUUCUAAACUUGUGAAAUUAGAUUUAGAUUCUUCAGGAUUUAAAUCGGUUAUAAAUUAGGAAGACCACCAUUUUUUGUAUGCUUUUUCUAAUUUCAAACUAAGUGUGAAUACAGAAAACAUCAAAUCUGCAAAAUUAUA